CCGAGUCACCAAUAACUCAAAUUCUUCGCCCCUAUCUCUCUUCGUUGUCCCAGCCAUGGCUUCACGCCUCCUCCGCGGGUCCCUACGAUUGUGGGGAGGCUGGUGUGCACCGUGUCCGCCGCGGUCCUCGAGAUGUUCUCAUUCUGGAGGGGAACAACGCCUUGAAACUCCUUCUGCUAAAAAAUUAACAGAAAUAGGAACUAGGAGAAUUUUCUCUUCAGAGCAUGACAUUUUCCGGGAAAGCGUAAGGAAGUUUUUUCAAGAAGAAGUGAUUCCAUACCACGCAGAAUGGGAGAAAGCUGGAGAAGUGAGUAGGGAGCUUUGGGAAAAAGCUGGAAAACAAGGACUGCUCGGUGUCAAUAUUGCAGAGCGUCAUGGCGGUAUUGGCGGGGACAUUUACUCAGCAGCUGUUGUUUGGGAGGAGCAGGCCUAUUCAAAUUGUACAGGCCCAGGUUUUACUCUUCACUCAGAUAUUGCCAUGCCCUAUAUUGCAAAUUAUGGCUCAGAAGAACAGAUUAAGCGCUUCAUCCCCCAGAUGACUGCAGGAAAAUGUAUUGGUGCCAUAGCAAUGACCGAGCCUGGGGCUGGAAGUGAUUUGCAAGGAAUAAGAACAAAUGCCAAAAAGGAUGGGAGUGACUGGAUUCUUAAUGGCAGCAAGGUAUUCAUUACUAAUGGGUGGCUAAGUGACGCUGUGAUCGUAGUAGCAAUCACAAAUCAUGAAGCUAGCUCUCCUGCUCAUGGCAUUAGCCUUUUUCUGGUGGAAAAUGGAAUGAAAGGAUUUGUCAAGGGACGAAAGCUAAAUAAAAUAGGACUAAAAGCUCAGGACACUGCAGAAUUAUUCUUUGAAGAUGUAAGGUUGCCAGCUAGUGCUCUACUUGGAGAAGAGAAUAAGGGCUUCUAUUACCUCAUGCAAGAGCUUCCGCAGGAAAGAAUCAUGAUUGCUGACAUAGCAGUUUCAGCCAGUGAAUUCAUGUUUGAAGAAACCAAGGACUACGUUAAACAGAGAAAAGCUUUUGGGAAAACAGUUGCACAGAUACAGACGGUGCAGCAUAAACUAGCAGAAUUAAAAACACACAUUUGUGUAACGAGAGCGUUUGUGGACAGCUGUCUCCAGUUGCACGAAGCAAAGCGCCUGGAUUCUGUCACGGCUUCCAUGGCGAAAUACUGGGCUACUGAAUUACAAAACAGAGUCGCUUAUGAUUGCUUACAGCUCCAUGGAGGUUGGGGAUACAUGUGGGAGUACCCAAUUGCAAAAGCUUACGUGGAUGCCCGAGUUCAGCCAAUUUAUGGUGGUACCAAUGAAAUAAUGAAGGAGCUGAUUGCAAGAGACAUCAUCCGAGACAAAUAGACAUCUGCCCACAUCCUGGAAUCCUAUUACAGCUAAUCUGGUUUUAAAUCUACUCAAGAUAAAAUGCAACCUGGAAGGGAGGACACACUAAACUUGUUUUCAGAUGCUCGCUUACUGAAAAAAAUCAAAUGCAGAUAUAAAAUUAACACAAUGGGAGAAGAAACCUUUGAAUCCCAAGAUUCUAAAAUUCUCAAAAAUAAGGUAUAACUUUUAAUUUUUUAUAUAGUUAAAAGGCAAAGAUUUUCUAAUUCUAGAAGCAUUAGUGUUUCAUUUUCCCUAAAAUUCUAAAAAAGUACGAUUACUUAAAUCUUUAAAAUUGAGACAAAUAAUUGUUAUUAUACUACAAAAACAUUGCUAGUACUCACAGCAUAUUGCUUUUGAAAGGAAAAAAUAUAAUUUAGAAUACAAAAUAAUUUCAGCUAUUUUUUGCUCCAGAUUUCCCAGAAUGGUGGAAUUCUAUCACCCUACCCUAAGCCUCUGUUUUUUAGUAAUGGAAUCCUUUCUUCAAACUAAAGUGUAUGCAGAGAGUCCCUGUAAAAUGGUGAUAAAUGAAGAGCUGCUCUACUUGAGUCAGGAAGCCUUCCUAGCAAAUCAGCUAAGCAUUUGCCUACCCCAUAGAGAAGGCUGUGUGUUCUCUCGCCUACUGACACCCAAUUCUACAGGAGAACACAGAACAACCCAUCAUCCUUUAUUUUUAAGCUACUGGUAUAUUUUUUCAGUAUCAAAACAGUGACUUUUAUUUGGGAACAGCCUACCUCAGUGAAUUAAUCAGUAAUAUAAAAAGUAAAUAAACAAGAUAAUUUCAAAUGAUAAGUGCAAUAAAAGUAUACACCUAAAAUCAGAAAAGGAGGAAAUUAUGUUUGAUUUCAGACUUAAAAUUUAUUCUAAUAAAAAAACAAGAAUUUAAUUUGUAAAUUGCUAAAGUCAUUUUAAUACUUGUUUUUUGU